GCAUUCACAAGAGAUGGGCUCUGUGGCCUGUGGAAUGAAAUGGUUAAAGAUGGAGAAAUUGUGUAUACUGGGACAGAGUUAGCCCAAAAUGGAGAGCUCCCUCCUAGAAAAGAUGAUGGUGUUGAAACCCAAAGUGGAACCAAGAAAGAAGAUCUAAAUGACAAAGAGAAAAAAGAUGACGAAGAAACCCCUGCACCUACAUUUAGGGCCAAAUCAAUCCUGGAGAGCUGGGUAUGGGGCAAGCAACCAGAUGUGAAUGAACUGAAGGAAUGUCUUUCUGUGCUGGUUAAAGAGCAGCAAGCCCUGGCUAUCCAGUCAGCCACUACUACCCUGUCAGCCCUGAGACUCAAGCAGAGGCUGGUGAUCCUGGAACGCUACUUCAUUGCCUUGAAUAGAACUGUUUUUCAAGAGAAUGUUAAAGUUAAGUGGAAAAGCAGCAACAUUUCUCUGCCUCCUGUGGACAAAAAGAGUUCUCGGCCCACUGGCAGAGGGGUGGAAGGGCUUGCCAGAGUUGGAUCCCGAGCAGCGCUCUCCUUUGCCUUUGCCUUCUUACGCAGGGCCUGGCGGUCAGGUGAGGAUGCAGACCUCUGCAGCGAGCUGUUGCAAGAAUCCCUGGACGCCCUGCGCGCUCUCCCAGAAGCUUCGCUUUUUGAUGAGAGCACAGUGUCUUCAGUGUGGCUGGAGGUGGUGGAGAGAGCAACCAGGUUCCUCAGGUCCGUCGUGACGGGGGAUGUUCAUGGAACACCAGGGACCAAAGGGCCUGGAGGAGUUCCCUUGCAGGACCAGCACUUGGCCUUGGCCAUCCUGCUGGAGCUGGCUGUUCAGAGAGGCACACUGAGCCAAAUGUUGUCCGCCAUCCUGUUGUUGCUUCAACUGUGGGACAGUGGAGCGCAGGAAACUGACAAUGAGCGGUCUGCUCAGGGAACCAGCGCCCCCCUCCUGCCUCUCCUGCAGAGGUUCCAGAGCAUCAUUUGCAAUAAAGAUACGCCUCAUGCAGAGGGGGAUACUCAUCUUUUAUCUGGCCCUCUGAGCCCCAAUGAAAGUUUCCUGAGGUAUCUUACUCUUCCACAAGACAGUGAGCUCGCCAUUGAUUUACGACAAACAGCUGUUGUUGUUAUGGCCCAUUUAGACCGCCUGGCUACACCCUGUAUGCCUCCUCUCUGUAGUUCUCCAACAUCUCAUAAGGGAUCAUUGCAGGAGGUAAUAGGUUGGGGAUUAAUAGGAUGGAAGUACUAUGCCAAUGUGAUUGGAGCAAUCCAGUGUGAAGGCCUUGCCAACCUUGGAGUCAUGCAGAUUGCUUGUGCAGAGAAGCGCUUCCUGAUCCUGUCUCGCAAUGGCCGUGUGUACACACAGGCCUACAAUAGUGACACACUGGCCCCCCAACUGGUCCAGGGUCUUGCCUCCAGGAACAUUAUAAAAAUUGCUGCCCAUUCUGAUGGUCACCACUACCUGGCCUUGGCUGCCACUGGAGAGGUGUACUCCUGGGGCUGUGGGGACGGAGGACGGCUGGGCCAUGGGGACACUGUGCCUCUGGAGGAACCUAAGGUAAUCUCUGCUUUCUCAGGGAAGCAAGCUGGGAAGCACGUGGUACACAUAGCAUGCGGGAGCACGUACAGUGCGGCCAUCACUGCAGAAGGAGAACUGUACACCUGGGGCCGGGGCAAUUACGGCCGUUUGGGCCAUGGCUCCAGUGAAGAUGAAGCCAUUCCAAUGCUGGUAGCUGGGCUUAAAGGACUGAAGGUUAUCGACGUUGCAUGCGGGAGUGGCGACGCUCAGACGCUGGCUGUGACUGAAAACGGCAAGAAGGUGAUUGACGUGGCUGCAGGCUCCACCCACUGCCUGGCUCUGACCGAGGACAGUGAGGUGCACAGCUGGGGGAGCAAUGACCAGUGCCAGCACUUUGACACUUUGCGUGUGACCAAGCCAGAACCUGCUGCACUGCCAGGACUGGACACCAAACACAUAGUUGGAAUUGCCUGUGGGCCUGCCCAGAGCUUUGCCUGGUCAUCUUGUUCCGAGUGGUCCAUUGGCCUCCGUGUUCCUUUUGUGGUAGACAUCUGCUCGAUGACUUUUGAGCAGCUGGAUCUCCUGCUGCGGCAAGUGAGUGAGGGCAUGGAUGGCACUGCUGACUGGCCUCCUCCCCAGGAGAAGGAGUGCAUGGCUGUGGCCACGCUUAAUCUUCUGCGACUUCAGUUGCAUGCUGCCAUUAGUCACCAGGUUGACCCAGAAUUCCUUGGUUUAGGUCUGGGCAGUGUCCUCCUGAACAGCCUGAAGCAAACUGUGGUGACCCUGGCCAGCAGUGCAGGCGUGCUGAGCACCGUGCAGUCGGCCGCUCAGGCCGUGCUGCAGAGCGGCUGGUCGGUGCUGCUGCCCACGGCUGAGGAGCGGGCCCGGGCCCUCUCUGCACUCUUGCCCUGCACAGUUUCAGGUAAUGAAGUGAACAUAAGCCCAGGCCGUCGAUUCAUGAUUGAUCUGCUGGUCGGCAGCUUGAUGGCUGAUGGAGGAUUAGAGUCAGCCUUAAAUGCAGCAAUUACAGCAGAAAUCCAGGAUAUUGAAGCCAAAAAAGAAGCACAGAAAGAGAAAGAAAUUGAUGAACAGGAAGCAAAUGCCUCAACCUUUCAUAGAAGUAGGACUCCUCUGGAUAAAGACCUUAUUAAUACAGGGAUCUAUGAAUCUUCUGGCAAGCAGUGUUUGCCUUUGGUUCAGCUCAUACAGCAGCUUCUUAGGAACAUUGCUUCUCAGACUGUAGCCAGAUUAAAAGAUGUUGCUCGUCGCAUUUCAUCAUGUUUGGACUUUGAGCAGCAUAGUCGUGAACGAUCGGCUUCAUUGGAUCUAUUGCUACGUUUUCAGCGCUUACUUAUCAGUAAACUUUAUCCAGGAGAAAGUCUUAGUCAGACCUCAGAUAUUUCUAGUCCUGAUCUGAUGGGUGUUGGUUCUUUGCUAAAAAAGUACACAGCCCUUUUGUGCACACACAUUGGAGACAUACUACCUGUGGCAGCUAGCAUUGCUUCUACCAGCUGGAGGCACUUUGCAGAGGUGGCCGGCAUCCUGGAAGGGGACUUCACAGGUGUUCUUCUUCCUGAGCUAGUGGUUUCUAUAGUGCUUCUUCUCAGUAAAAAUGCUGGUCUCAUGCAAGAGGCUGGAGCUGUUCCUCUGCUGGGUGGUCUGUUGGAACACCUCGAUCGCUUCAAUCACCUGGCCCCAGAAAAGGAGAGGGAUGACCAUGAAGAGCUGGCCUGGCCUGGAAUAAUGGAGUCGUUUUUUACAGGUCAGAAUUGCAGAAACAACGAGGAAGUAACGCUUAUUCGCAAAGCUGAUCUGGAGAAUCACAAUAAGGAUGGUGGCUUCUGGACGGUGAUUGAUGGGAAGGUGUAUGACAUAAAGGACUUCCAGACCCAGUCCGUAACGGGAAAUAGUAUUCUGGCUCAGUUUGCAGGAGAAGACCCGGUGGUUGCUUUAGAAGCAGCUUUGCAGUUUGAAGACACACGCGAGUCCAUGCAUGCGUUCUGUGUUGGCCAGUAUUUGGAGCCUGACCAAGAAGUGGUUACCAUACCAGAUCUGGGAAGUCUUUCUUCACCUCUAAUAGACACAGAGAGGAACCUGGGCCUGCUUCUUGGAUUACAUGCUUCUUAUUUAGCAGUGAGCACACCGCUGUCUCCUGUCGAGGUUGAAUGUGCCAAGUGGCUUCAGUCAUCCAUCUUCUCUGGAGGCCUGCAGACCAGCCAGAUCCAUUACAGUUACAAUGAAGAGAAAGAUGAGGACCACUGCAGCUCCCCUGGGGGCACACCUGCCAGCAAAUCUCGGCUCUGUUCUCACAGACGGGCCCUGGGGGACCAUUCACAAGCAUUCCUGCAAGCGAUUGCGGAUAAUAACAUUCAAGACCACAAUGUGAAGGACUUCCUGUGUCAGAUUGAAAGGUACUGCAGACAGUGUCACUUGACCACACCUAUCAUGUUUCCUCCUGAGCAUCCUGUGGAAGAAGUUGGCCGCUUGCUGUUAUGCUGCCUCUUAAAACAUGAAGAUUUAGGUCACGUGGCAUUAUCUUUAGUUCACUCAGGUACACUUGGUAUUGAGCAAGUAAAGCACAGAACAUUGCCUAAAUCAGUGGUGGAUGUCUGUAGAGUUGUCUACCAAGCAAAAUGCUCGCUCAUUAAGACUCACCAAGAGCAGGGCCGUUCUUAUAAGGAGGUCUGCGCACCUGUCAUCGAACGCCUGCGAUUCCUCUUCAAUGAAUUGAGACCUGCUGUUUGCAAUGACCUCUCUGUAGUGUCCAAGUUUAAACUGUUAAGUUCUUUGCCUCGUUGGCGGCGGAUAGCCCAGAAGAUAAUUCGAGAACGAAGGAAAAAGAGAGUUCCUAAGAAGCCAGAAUCUACUGAUGAUGAAGAAAAAAUCGGAAACGAAGAGAGUGAUUUAGAAGAAGCUUGUCUUUUGCCUCAUAGUCCAAUAAAUGUGGACAAAAGACCUAUUGCAAUUAAAUCUCCCAAGGAUAAAUGGCAGCCAUUGCUGAGCACGGUCACAGGUGUUCACAAAUACAAGUGGCUGAAGCAGAACGUUCAGGGGCUGUACCCACAGUCUGCACUACUCAGCACGAUUGCUGAGUUUGCCCUUAAGGAAGAGCCAGUAGAUGUGGAAAAAAUGAGGAAGUGCUUACUGAAACAGUUGGAGAGGGCCGAGGUUCGCCUGGAAGGGAUAGAUACAAUUUUGAAGCUGGCAGCCAAAAACUUCUUACUUCCUUCUGUACAGUAUGCCAUGUUCUGUGGAUGGCAAAGACUCAUUCCUGAGGGAAUCGAUAUUGGGGAACCCCUUACAGAUUGCUUAAAGGAUGUUGAUUUGAUCCCACCUUUUAAUCGGAUGCUACUGGAAGUUACUUUUGGCAAGCUGUAUGCUUGGGCUGUUCAGAAUAUUCGAAAUGUCUUAAUGGAUGCUAGUGCCAAAUUUAAAGAGCUUGGUAUCCAGCCUGUUCCCCUACAAACCAUUACUAAUGAGAACCCUUCAGGACCAAGCCUGGGGACCAUCCCACAAGCUCGCUUUCUCCUGGUGAUGCUCAGCAUGAUCACUCUGCAACAUGGUGCCAACAACCUGGACCUCCUGCUCAACUCGGGUACCCUGGCACUCACACAGACAGCGCUGCGGCUGAUUGGUCCUAGUUGUGACAAUAUUGAGGAAGAUAUGAGUGCUUCAGCCCGAGGAGCCUCUGCUACAGUUUUGGAAGAAACAAGGAAGGAAACAGCUCCUGUACAACUUCCUGUUUCAGGACCAGAACUGGCUGCCAUGAUGAAGAUUGGAACCAGGGUCAUGAGAGGUGUGGAUUGGAAAUGGGGUGAUCAGGAUGGGCCUCCCCCAGGCUUAGGCCAUGUGAUUGGUGAGCUGGGAGAGGACGGGUGGAUCAGAGUCCAGUGGGACACAGGCAGCACCAAUUCGUACAGGAUGGGGAAAGAAGGGAAGUACGACCUCAAGCUGGCAGAGCUGCCGUCCUCUGCACAGCCCUCUGCAGAGGACUCCGACACAGAGGAUGAUUCCGAAGCUGAACAAAUUGAAAGGAACAUCCACCCCACAGCCAUGAUGAUGACCAGCACUAUUAACUUACUGCAAACCUUGUGCCUCUCCGUUGGAGUUCACGCAGAAGUCAUGCAGAGUGAGGCCACCAGGACACUGUGUGGACUGCUGAGGAUGUUAGUGGAAAGCGGAACAACAGACAAGACAUCUUCUCCAGACAGGCUGGUUCGCCGAGAGCAGCACCGGAGCUGGUGCACACUGGGCUUUGUGCGGAGCAUUGCCCUCACGCCGCAAGCCUGCGGUGCCCUCAGCUCCCCCCGGUGGAUCGCCCUGCUCAUGAAGGUUGUGGAAGGUCAUGCCCCCUUCACAGCCGCCUCACUGCAGAGGCAGAUCUUAGCCGUGCAUUUACUGCAAGCAGUUCUUCCUUCGUGGGACAAGACAGAAAGGGCGAGGGACAUGAAGUGCCUCGUGGAAAAGCUGUUCGGCUUCUUGGGAAGUUUACUCACUACCUGUUCUUCUGAUGUCCCGUUACUCAGAGAGUCCACACUGCGCCGGCGCAGGGCCCGCCCACAGGCCUCUCUGACUGCCACUCACAGCAGCACGCUGGCUGAAGAGGUGGUGGCACUCCUCCGCACCCUGCACUCCCUGCCCCAGUGGAAUGGACUCAUCAACAAAUACAUCAACUCCCAGCUCCACUCUGUCACCCACACUUGUGCUGAAAAGCCACUGGAAAGGGCCCUGCUGGAAGACUAUUUCCCUGACUGCGAGAACCCGGAAGUGGGGGGCCUCAUGGCCGUCCUGGCUGUGAUCGGAGGAAUCGAUGGUCGCCUGCGCCUAGGGGGCCAAGUCAUGCAUGAUGAGUUUGGAGAGGGCACUGUGACUCGCAUCACCCCGAAGGGCAGAAUCACCGUGCAAUUCUCUGACAUGCGCACUUGCCGCAUUUGCCCGUUGAAUCAGCUGAAACCACUCCCAGCUGUGCCCUUUAGUAUGACCAACCUGCCUUUCACAGAGCCCAUGCUCUCUGUCUGGGCUCAUUUGGUGAACCUUGCUGGUAGCAAAUUGGAAAAGCACAAAAUAAAGAAAUCACCUAAACAGGCCUUUGCAGGACAAGUAGACUUGGAUCUGCUGCGGAGCCAGCAGUUAAAGCUGUACAUACUAAAAGCAGGGCGGGCCUUGCUUUCCCACCAAGAUAAACUGAGGCAGAUCUUGUCUCAGCCAGCUGUUCAAGAGACUGGAACAGUUCAUGCAGAUGACGGAGCAGCCGCAUCCCCUGACCUUGGAGACAUGUCUCCUGAAGGGCCACAGCCCCCAAUGAUUCUACUCCAGCAGUUGCUGGCUUCUGCUACCCAGCCAUCUCCAGUGAAGGCCAUAUUUGACAAACAGGAACUUGAGGCUGCUGCUCUGGCUGUGUGUCAGUGCUUGGCUGUAGAGUCCACUCACCCUUCAAGUCCCGGCUUUGAAGACUGUAGUUCCAGCGAGGCCACAACACCAGUGUCCGUGCAGCACAUUCGCCCGGCCCGGGUGAAGAAGCGCAAACAGUCUCCAGUUCCUGCUCUGCCUAUUGUGGUGCAGCUCAUGGAGAUGGGAUUUCCUAGAAGGAACAUAGAGUUUGCUCUGAAGUCCCUCACUGGUGCUUCUGGGAAUGCAUCUGGUGUGCCUGGUGUGGAGGCCUUGGUUGGCUGGCUGUUGGACCACUCUGAUGUCCAGGUUACAGAGCUCUCAGAUGCUGAAACAGUGUCUGAUGAAUAUUCAGAUGAGGAGGUGGUAGAAGACAUGGACGAUGCAGCUUACCCUGUGGCUACUGGUGUUGUUGUGACAGAGAGUCAGACUUACAAAAAGCGAGCUGAUUUCUUGAGUAACGAUGAUUAUGCUGUGUAUGUGAGAGAGAACAUUCAGGUGGGAAUGAUGGUUAGAUGCUGUCGAACCUAUGAAGAAGUAUGUGAAGGCGAUGUAGGCAAAGUCAUCAAACUAGAUCGAGAUGGAUUGCACGACCUCAAUGUGCAGUGUGACUGGCAGCAGAAAGGGGGCACCUAUUGGGUGAGGUACAUUCAUGUGGAACUUGUAGGCUAUCCUCCACCAAGUUCUUCCUCUCACAUCAAGAUUGGUGAUAAAGUACGGGUCAAAGCCUCGGUGACCACCCCAAAAUACAAGUGGGGGUCCGUGACUCAUCAGAGUGUAGGCAUUGUGAAAGCUUUCAGCGCCAAUGGGAAAGACAUCAUUGUUGACUUCCCUCAGCAAUCUCACUGGACGGGCCUCUUGUCAGAAAUGGAGUUGGUACCUAGUAUUCAUCCUGGUGUUACGUGUGAUGGCUGUCAGAUGUUUCCUAUCAAUGGAUCCCGAUUCAAAUGCAGAAACUGUGAUGACUUUGAUUUUUGCGAAACAUGUUUCAAGACCAAAAAACAUAACACCAGGCAUACAUUUGGCAGAAUCAACGAACCAGGACAGUCUGCCGUGUUCUGUGGUCGUUCUGGAAAACAGCUGAAGCGUUGUCACAGCAGCCAGCCAGGAAUGCUGCUGGACAGCUGGUCCCGCAUGGUCAAGAGCCUGAAUGUGUCCUCCUCAGUGAACCAGGCUUCCCGUCUGAUCGAUGGCAGCGAGCCCUGUUGGCAAUCGUCUGGGUCUCAAGCCCUGGAGGCAGGGAAGAAUUGUUUCAAAUCAUCAGAACAGCCAUUAUAUUCGACUUGCCUUAUUCGAAAGAAGACUGCAGGGCUAGAAUCGGCAGCUACAAUCAGAACGAAAGUGUUCGUGUGGGGUUUGAAUGACAAGGACCAGCUGGGCGGGCUCAAAGGCUCUAAGAUAAAGGUCCCUUCAUUCUCCGAGACCCUGUCUGCUCUGAAUGUGAUACAGGUGGCUGGUGGUUCCAAAAGUUUGUUUGCAGUGACAGUGGAAGGGAAGGUGUACGCAUGUGGAGAAGCCACAAAUGGCCGGCUGGGGCUGGGGAUGUCCAGUGGGACAGUCCCCAUCCCACGACAGAUCACAGCCCUCAGCAGCUACGUGGUCAAGAAGGUGGCAGUUCACUCAGGUGGCCGCCAUGCUACAGCCCUGACUGUCGAUGGGAAAGUGUUCUCCUGGGGAGAAGGUGAUGAUGGAAAACUCGGACACUUCAGCAGAAUGAACUGUGACAAGCCAAGGCUGAUCGAGGCCCUGAAAACCAAGCGCAUCCGGGACAUUGCCUGUGGGAGUUCACACAGCGCAGCGCUCACCUCCAGUGGGGAGCUCUACACCUGGGGCCUCGGAGAGUACGGCCGCUUGGGACACGGGGACAAUACAACGCAGCUGAAGCCCAAAAUGGUAAAAGUCCUUCUUGGUCACAGAGUAAUCCAGGUCGCCUGUGGGAGUAGAGAUGCACAGACGCUGGCUCUGACAGAUGAAGGUUUGGUGUUUUCCUGGGGUGAUGGUGACUUUGGAAAACUGGGCCGGGGAGGAAGUGAAGGCUGUAACAUUCCCCAGAACAUUGAGAGACUGAAUGGCCAGGGCGUGUGCCAGAUCGAAUGCGGAGCUCAGUUCUCCUUGGCACUCACCAAGUCAGGAGUGGUAUGGACGUGGGGGAAGGGGGACUACUUCAGACUCGGCCAUGGAUCGGACGUACAUGUGCGAAAGCCACAAGUGGUGGAAGGGCUGAGAGGGAAGAAGAUAGUGCACGUGGCUGUUGGAGCCCUACAUUGCCUGGCGGUCACAGACUCAGGGCAGGUUUACGCUUGGGGUGACAAUGACCAUGGCCAGCAGGGCAAUGGCACAACCACAGUUAACAGAAAGCCCACACUGGUCCAAGGAUUAGAAGGCCAGAAGAUCACUCGAGUGGCUUGUGGGUCCUCUCACAGCGUGGCAUGGACAACAGUGGAUGUAGCCACACCCUCUGUCCAUGAGCCUGUCCUCUUCCAGACUGCAAGAGACCCAUUAGGGGCUUCCUAUUUAGGGGUGCCUUCCGACACUGAUUCUUCUGCUUCCAGUAACAAAAUAAGUGGCGCAAAUAAUUCUAAGCCAAAUCGUCCUUCUCUUGCAAAGAUCCUUCUCUCCUUGGAUGGAAACCUGGCCAAACAGCAGGCCUUAUCACAUAUUCUUACAGCUUUACAAAUCAUGUAUGCCAGAGACGCGGUGGUCAGGGCUCUGAUGCCAGCCAGCAUGCUCGCCCCCGUGGAAUGCCCCUCAUUCUCCUCCUCAGCACCCACUUCCGAUGCAUCUGCCAUGGGCAGCCCCAUGAAUGGCGAGGAGAGCAUGCUGGCUCCUGAUAUGGAGGAUAGACUGAGUCCAAAUCCGUGGCAAGAUAAGAGAGAGAUUGUCUCCUCCGAGGAUGCUGUGACCCCUUGUGCAGUGACCCCGUCCGCACCCUCAGCCUCCUCUCGGCCUUUCAUCCCCGUGACAGAUGACCCAGGAGCUGCCAGCAUCAUUGCAGAAACCAUGACGAAAACCAAAGAGGAUGUUGAAAGCCAAAAUAAAACAUCAGGCCCAGAGCCUCAGUCCUUGGAUGAGUUUACCAGUCUGUUGAUCACGGACGAUACCCGCGUGGUGGUGGACCUGCUCAAGCUGUCGGUGUGCAGCCGGGCUGGCGACAGGGGCAGGGAUGUGCUCUCAGCUGUGCUGUCUGGCAUGGGCACAGCCUACCCACAGGUGGCAGACAUGUUGUUGGAGCUCUGCGUCACUGAAUUGGAAGACGUAGCCACAGACUCACAGAGUGGCCGGCUUUCCUCACAGCCCGUUGUGGUGGAGAGCAGCCACCCCUACACCGAUGACACCUCCACCAGUGGCACCGUGAAGAUACCAGGUGCAGAAGGCCUCAGGGUGGAGUUUGACAGGCAGUGCUCCACAGAGAGGCGCCACGAUCCUCUCACGGUCAUGGACGGUGUCAAUAGGAUCGUGUCUGUGCGGUCAGGUCGCGAAUGGUCAGACUGGUCCAGUGAGCUGCGCAUCCCUGGAGAUGAGCUAAAGUGGAAGUUCAUCAGCGAUGGGUCUGUGAACGGCUGGGGCUGGCGCUUCACAGUCUAUCCCAUCAUGCCAGCCGCAGGCCCUAAGGACCUCCUCUCCGAUCGCUGUGUCCUCUCCUGCCCAUCCAUGGACUUGGUGACGUGUCUCCUGGACUUCCGACUCAACCUCACUUCCAACCGAAGCAUUGUCCCUCGCCUCGCAGCCUCCCUGGCCGCAUGCGCGCAGCUGAGUGCCUUGGCCGCCAGCCACAGGAUGUGGGCUCUUCAGAGACUGAGGAGGCUGCUCACCACAGAAUUUGGGCAGUCGAUUAACAUAAACAGGCUGCUGGGAGAAAAUGAUGGGGAAACAAGAGCCUUGAGUUUUACAGGCAGUGCUCUUGCUGCUUUGGUGAAAGGCCUUCCGGAAGCUUUGCAGAGGCAGUUUGAAUACGAAGAUCCUAUUGUGAGAGGUGGCAAACAACUGCUCCACAGCCCAUUCUUCAAGGUACUGGUAGCCCUUGCGUGUGACCUGGAGCUAGACACUCUUCCUUGCUGUGCCGAGACACACAAGUGGGCAUGGUUCCGACGAUACUGCAUGGCAUCCCGUGUUGCUGUGGCUCUGGACAAAAGAUCACCAUUGCCCCGUCUGUUUCUUGAUGAGGUGGCUAAGAAAAUUCGUGAAUUAAUGGCAGACAGUGAAAACAUGGAUGUUCUUCAUGAGAGCCAUGACAUUUUUAAGAGAGAGCAAGAUGAACAACUUGUGCAGUGGAUGAACAGGAGACCAGAUGAUUGGACUCUUUCUGCUGGUGGCAGUGGAACCAUUUAUGGAUGGGGGCAUAAUCACAGGGGCCAGCUUGGGGGCAUCGAGGGUGCAAAAGUUAAAGUUCCCACUCCAUGCGAAGCCCUGGCCACCCUCAGACCCGUGCAGUUGAUCGGAGGAGAGCAGACACUUUUUGCUGUGACAGCCGAUGGCAAGUUGUAUGCCACAGGCUAUGGUGCUGGUGGCAGACUAGGGAUUGGAGGGACCGAGUCGGUAUCCACCCCAACGCUGCUGGAAUCCAUUCAGCACGUGUUCAUUAAGAAAGUGGCUGUGAACUCGGGAGGAAAACACUGCCUUGCCCUCUCUUCCGAAGGAGAAGUUUAUUCGUGGGGCGAAGCAGAAGAUGGGAAGCUGGGACAUGGCAACAGAAGUCCGUGUGACCGCCCUCGUGUCAUUGAGUCUCUGAGAGGAAUUGAAGUGGUUGACGUUGCUGCUGGCGGAGCCCAUAGCGCGUGCGUCACAGCAGCUGGAGACCUCUACACAUGGGGCAAAGGCCGGUACGGCCGCCUGGGCCACAGUGACAGUGAGGACCAGUUAAAGCCAAAGCUGGUGGAAGUACUUCAGGGCCACCGUGUGGUAGACAUUGCCUGUGGCAGUGGUGACGCCCAGACGCUCUGCCUCACCGAUGACGACACCGUCUGGUCCUGGGGAGAUGGGGACUAUGGCAAGCUGGGUAGAGGAGGCAGUGAUGGCUGCAAAGUGCCCAUGAAGAUUGAUUCUCUCACUGGCCUUGGAGUAGUUAAAGUGGAAUGUGGAUCUCAGUUUUCUGUCGCCCUUACCAAAUCUGGAGCUGUUUAUACAUGGGGCAAAGGUGACUAUCACAGGCUGGGCCAUGGAUCUGACGAUCACGUGCGGAGACCACGGCAGGUCCAGGGGCUGCAGGGGAAGAAAGUUAUUGCCAUUGCCACCGGCUCCCUGCACUGUGUGUGCUGCACAGAGGACGGCGAAGUUUAUACAUGGGGUGACAAUGACGAGGGACAGCUAGGAGAUGGGACCACCAACGCCAUCCAGAGACCUCGAUUGGUAGCUGCCCUUCAGGGUAAGAAGGUCAACCGUGUGGCCUGCGGCUCGGCACAUACCCUUGCCUGGUCAACCAGCAAACCAGCCAGCGCUGGCAAGCUCCCUGCACAGGUCCCCAUGGAGUAUAACCACCUGCAGGAGAUCCCCAUCAUCUCCUUGAGGAACCGGCUGCUGCUGCUGCACCACAUCUCCGAGCUCUUCUGCCCCUGCAUCCCCAUGUUUGACCUGGAGGGCUCUCUUGACGAAACUGGACUUGGGCCUUCUGUUGGUUUUGACACACUCCGAGGGAUCCUGAUAUCUCAGGGAAAGGAGGCAGCAUUCCGGAAAGUAGUGCAAGCCACCAUGGUGCGAGAUCGUCAACACGGUCCUGUGGUGGAGCUGAACCGUAUCCAGGUCAAGCGCUCCAGGAGCAAAGGCGGCUUAGCAGGCCCCGAUGGUACCAAGUCUGUCUUUGGGCAGAUGUGUGCAAAGAUGAGCUCCUUCAGUCCCGACAGCCUCCUCCUCCCUCACCGCGUGUGGAAAGUCAAGUUUGUGGGUGAAUCUGUGGAUGACUGCGGGGGUGGCUACAGUGAGUCCAUAGCGGAGAUCUGUGAGGAGCUGCAGAAUGGACUCACUCCACUUCUGAUCGUGACUCCAAACGGAAGGGACGAAUCUGGAGCCAACCGAGACUGCUACCUGCUAAACCCGGCCGCCAGGGCCCCCGUGCACUGCAGCAUGUUCCGCUUCCUGGGAGUGUUGCUGGGCAUUGCCAUCCGAACCGGAAGUCCCCUGAGCCUCAACCUCGCCGAGCCUGUGUGGAAGCAGCUGGCUGGGAUGAGCCUCACCAUCGCAGACCUCAGUGAGGUUGAUAAAGACUUUAUUCCUGGGCUCAUGUACAUCCGUGACAACGAAGCCACCUCUGAGGAGUUCGAGGCCAUGAGCCUGCCUUUCACUGUCCCAAGUGCCAGCGGCCAGGACAUCCAGCUCAGCUCCAAGCACACACAUAUCACCCUGGACAACCGUGCAGAGUAUGUCCGCCUGGCAAUCAAUUACAGACUCCAUGAAUUUGAUGAGCAGGUGGCUGCCGUCCGGGAAGGGAUGGCCCGCGUGGUGCCCGUGCCCCUUCUUUCUCUGUUCACUGGAUACGAACUAGAGACAAUGGUAUGUGGCAGCCCAGACAUCCCACUGCAUCUUCUAAAGUCAGUGGCAACCUACAAAGGAAUCGAGCCCUCCGCGUCCCUAAUCCAGUGGUUCUGGGAGGUAAUGGAGUCUUUCUCCAACACAGAGCGCUCCCUCUUCCUUCGCUUUGUGUGGGGCCGGACAAGGUUGCCCAGGACCAUUGCUGACUUCCGGGGCAGAGACUUUGUUAUUCAGGUGCUGGAUAAAUACAACCCACCCGAUCACUUCCUUCCGGAAUCAUACACUUGCUUCUUUUUGCUGAAGUUGCCCCGGUAUUCCUGUAAACAGGUGCUUGAGGAGAAGUUGAAAUAUGCCAUCCAUUUCUGCAAAUCCAUAGACACAGACGACUACGCUCGUAUAGCCCUCACGGGCGAGCCGGCUGCUGACGACAGCAGCGAUGACUCGGACAAUGAGGAUGCGGAUUCGUUUGCUUCAGAUUCGACCCAAGAUUAUCUGACAGGACACUAAGAGGGUGACGUACCAUCAUGGAAGCAAGAAGAGGUUGAGCAAGCAGGCAGAGUGCUGCUUUUAGAUUGCAGAAUGUCUGAUGUGUCUGAGAAAUCGCAGUCUUUUAAGUGUGUGGGAAGUGGGUGGAGAGACUGACUGCCCACCCAGGAUCAGAGUGAGCGGGGUGAUGACAGGAAAAUCAGCCCAAGCGCAUGUAACACGAUGUAGCCACAUAGACACUUGACGUCCAUUUCUGAGAUCUGAGAGAAUCUUUACCCCUAAUGCUGCACUACAUAUAGGACUCUGUGUUUACUACAGUGUGUAAAUGUUAUAUAAAUACUGAACCGCAGCUUCCCCAAAACAAAAGCCUUUUAACGUGUGGGUGCAAUCAACUUUUCUUUCCUUUACUUUCUUUUUCUUUUAUGUGUUGUGCAUCAUCUUGAUUGUAUAUUGAAAAUACUGUGUACCAAUUAAAUCAUAUUAUUAAUAUUUCAACUAAUUUUACUCUGAAUUUGUU